AUGGUUCAAGACCAAAGCCGUCCCGCCCAGUGGAAAGCGCUGGCUCUCUUGGGGCUGUUCGCCACGGACGCGUUCGGCAUGCCUCUCCAGGAGUCGCCCGAGCUCAUUCCGCGCUCCAAGCACCUCCUUGCUCGCCCCAAGCUCCCCACCACUAACCACUACGAAAUCUACGCGAAGGUCGAGAAACGUGACGCGACCACCAACUCCAUUACCUGCUCCUUGCCCUCGCUCACCUGGAGCUCGUCCAGCGGCACAUGCACGCUCCAGUACUCUGGCACCUACGGCAUCCCGAACGCGGAUCCCAUGGGCAAUAUGCCACAGUCCAACAGCUACAAUCAGAACCUGGCCUUGACACAGUUUCAACCAGCCCUAUGGGAUCCCAGCAACGGCGUUUUUGACAAUGUACAAGCCCCACCCUCGCAGCAGCCGGACUACUCUGGCUGGCUCGAUGUCGUCAAUGCCAACGCGUCGUCCUGGUCCUCAUCUACCCUCAGCUGGCAAACUGCCACGGGCUCCUGCUCACGAGCAAGCUUGGUUUACAACCCUUGUCUCUAUGGUAAUGGCAGCUACGUUGGCGGUUGGUCCAUCGCCGGUUGGCAAACAAACGGAACUUGCUCCAUGACGGUUUCCUCCAACCGGAUCACGGUCUCUGGAGCAACCCUGAAGGUGGCUACUUGGGGCUCGGUUUCAAACGACCCGACGGUUCAGAAUAAUGUCGCAGGCACCAUCAACAACCUCAAUCCAAACAUCUUGUACGAUUGGGUCAACGGUAUUGCCACCUCCAUCUACGCUAACAGUACCAUCUCUCAGACCCCUGUCGGCAGCAACAACCAGUAUUCCUGGACCCCUGCCGAUGGCUUCAACUGCCUGAUCAGUUUUGCCACCAACACCACUGCCCAACAGGCUGAUCCUGGCUAUGCAAAUGGUGGCAGCGGCGGUGGCGGCAGUGGCAGUGGAGGUUCGGGCUCGUAUUCAACUCUGGCACAGACCCCUAUGAUUGCCUGCACUUUGCCUUCGGUCCUGUGGAACAGCACCGCUGGUGCGUGCAGCUUCCAGUUCCGGAACUCAAGCGGUGCUCUUCAAGGCUUCAUCAACUCGGCCCCGUCCUCUGUCCCUCCCGUCACUGCUGUGGUUGCUCCCCUCGGCAUGGUCUGGAACACGAAAAUCGGCGGCUUUGCCGGCUUUACCUUCAAUGGCUCGUCUGCACUGAACGGCUUCGAUCCCAACACCUUUGUUGCCUGGAACUCGCUCACACCGGUCUCCUGGAACGCAUCCAGCAUGGCCGUCUCUUGGUCCUCGGGAACGCAGUUCUGCGAGAUGGUUUCUCUCUUUACCCCUGUCUGCCUUGAUUCUACGGGCCAGUUGUGGAACUCUAUGGCCGCGCAGUUCCCAGCCAGCGAUGGCACAUGCAGUCUCCUGGCCUCCCAAGGAACCCUUGUCCUCGCAGCCACCCCAAUCGAGACCUCCAUCUUCAACCCGGGAAUCAACACAUUGGUCGGAGGCAUCUCCUUCUCUCCGAUCCAGCAGGUUUCGCCCAACCCAGCCACCUUACAGAUCUGGAACGACCACAUCAACCCGGUGGCCGUCCCCUCAAGCCAGCUCACCUUCACCCCGGAUCUUACCGUGAACUACUGGAGCCAAAACAACGGCAUUUUCCUGGACCAAGCCGCCAACACUACUUCCCAGCAAUCUGCCACCUCUCUCGGCACCAACAUCACAUGGCAGUCUCGAGACGGUAACUCGUGCUUCUUCGCCCAGGCUACCAACCUCCUGAACAUCCCUGCCCCCAUGAGCAGCGGCUCAAACGCCAUUGUCUGGAAGACGUCCACCCCUGGCACCUGCACCUUGAACAUUUCUUCGGCUGCGCUCUACAUGGAUUUUACCAACGUCAACACCACCAUCUUCUAUUCCAUCAACGAUCUCAACUCCAUCACGAACGAUCCCAGCGCCCUGUCCGAGAACCCCAAUACCAUGAUCUUCCUGAACCCAAGCGCCACCCCUACCCCGUACAGUGGAAUCAUCUUUGAUCCUGCAAACCAGUACUUUUGGUACAAUUCUCCUUCAGGCAGCAUCUCCAUUGCCUCAAAUGGAACCUACGUCACAUGGAACACCACCACGCCUUACUGCGCCAUCAGUUGGGAGCAGCAGCUUUCCACCCCGGUCAUUACCACAACUUGGUCGACAAGUCUGUCGUACUGUGUUGCGAUCGCCGGUCCAUCUUCAAGUUGGACAGGUGAAUUCCCCCUCCCGACAAUCGUUCCCGAUUCUUUCAGUCUCAACAAUGGCGCCGGUGGCAAGUACGACAUCUACAGCGAUCUGGGGCUUAUCACUUGGCUCCCGCUCCAGCCCAAGGUCUGCACCGUCAUCUCUGUCGGUGUCGGCGGCUAUGAGCAAUACUCCAUCACCGACGGCACACUCUCCACUGCGCCGCUGCCCUAUAUCUAUCAAACCAGAUUCCUUGCCUACCGCUCGACGAUCAAGAAUCUCAUUUCCUCGCUCGACAAUGGCGGUCUGCUGGGACGCAGUGCACUGGGACAAUACUUUACUCCCUCAGAUUUCACUCUUCCGUCUCCGGCGAACCUCGCGAGCUUCAAUCGCAACCAAACCUGCACAAUCAUCAAAAACAUCACGUCGACCAACAUCAACAAUGCCGUGGUGCUCUAUGCCGAUGCCUCGAUGAUCAUGGAUACUAUCGGCAAAGACACCCUCAGUGUGGCCCUGAAGGCUUACGCAGCAGACACGCUGUCAUCAAUUGUCACAAUUCAGCUACUGUCAGGAGUCUUCUGCCCUACCAUGACUCAGGCUACAAACCAAUACGCAUACGACGUUUUCUACAACACCACGGUGGCCCUCAACCCCUCAGGAUGGAACGCGAUCCUUGCGUCUCCCACGGCUAGAGCCCAAUCGUUCCUGUUCCCACUCAAUUAUUGCCAUCCGUCGGUUCAGGCGGCCGCCAGCAAUUUGUUCAACACCCUGGGUGGAACGGGCGUACAAACCGGCGUGAGCUGGUCUCAGACAUUCUUCCGACGCCUUGGCACCCUGGCCUAUCCAACCACACUCUGUGGCGCCCUGCCUCUGACCAUGCUCGACGGCGCCAAUCGGACCAACACUCUGAUUGCCAUGUCCCAAAAUGCGACCUACAACACGACAGUGUCGGAAGUUGUCAACCCAACCCCCGGUAACCUCAAGACCUUCAUUGUCAACUGGGCCAAUUCGAACGCUCGGGCCAUCAAUGCCACUACACUGGCCACGUUCAACCAAGGCCAGCUACCACGCACCCCCCUGUGUCUGUCUGCUCUCUCGCGCAUCCAAUCGACUGUUUCUACGUGCGCCAUGAGCACCGGGGUUUCAUCGCAGAUUCCAAACUUUGCCACCUCGUUGAACAACGCCACCCAUGUCCCUGGUGGUCCCAUCAGCAACUCCAACUACACCGGCAAUGUCAUGAACCUGAACAAUCUCAGGAGCUACUGCUCGAGCCAGUACAGUUGCCAGCUCGGCCUUUCUGGAGGCCCUAUUUUCAACAUUCCCGAUGCACUCUACUUGUGCCCUGGCCGCACAAGCUCGGACCUGAACACUCCUGCAUGGACCUACCGAGUGACUCAGGAGGUUCUCUGCCAAUCCAAUCCCGACGGAACCCUUUGCAUCGACGGGUAUCUCAGCAACAUUUACAGCGAAGCCAAGCUGAAGAAGGCCUUCGGUCCCUUCGGUAACAUUUACCGCAUGGUCUACUCUGGCGUUGCCUCUUGGUGCACCACCAACUCGUGCGCGUAUCGCCUGAACUCGGGGCUUUCCUGGAUUCCGGACUACGGAAGCAACUUCAAUACCACGAGUCUUGUGAGCAACAUCCAGGCCGCUCAGUCCUUCUACACUGCAGCUUGCCAAAAGUAGUGCCCUUCCAUCAGAACCGUCGAUGGAAUCUUAUCGGGCAGCCGACGUUACCUCGAGCAGCUUUGAGGAAACCAUAGCCCAUCCGUCAAGGCAAAUGGUGUUUUCGCUGAAUUCCAAUUGCCAGGAAAUCACUCAUGUUCAAUCUUCCGUUUCUUUUCGCAUAUUUUCAUAUCCAUCAUCACACAUUCAACUUGCUUCCCAUCGCUCUGCGAUCACCUUGCUUUCUUUCUUGAACACACCUACUACAUCGAUUCUAUCUAUUCCAUCAAUUUACUACCUAGGACUUGAUUUUAUAUUCACCGUCGUUUAGAGCCCGCACGC